CUCCGAUUAGGAUAGUCACAAGUUAGUAAUUAAGAAAAAAAAAAAGAAAAAAAAAAAGAAUGCUCGCCACCAAAGCUUCCACCUUCACCCACAGGUCCUCAUUGGCCUGCACAACCUGUCGGGAACGCCAUGUACGCUGCGACGGCAUUCGCCCCCGCUGCACCCGCUGCUCUUCCGAGGCCCGGGUAUGCGAGUAUACACCGUCGCGACGUGGCGGCCUCACGCGGGCCGAGCUGGCUGCCCGCCGUGCUGCCAAGGACCGGGGAAGCAGCAGCACUGUUGAGGGUAGGUGUUGCGACGGCGCGGGAAAGCUGCCGAGGCGUAGGAUAGCAGCAGCGACAGCAACAGUAACAGAAGCAGCAGCAAUCGUUGCUACUGCAUCGCCGUCGCCGCCCGACCCCCUGGUUGAUCUGUACUACAGACAUUUCCACCGGCACCACCCAUUCCUCCUCCCGCAGCGAUGCAUGACAGAUCUCCUGAGCAACAAGGCGCGCCGAGAUGAGCUCGAACCGCUCCUGGCCAGCAUCAGGUUCAUCGGCAGCCUGUACGCCAAGUCGGAGCAGGCCACUGAGCUGGGGGAAUCAGUCCGGCUCGCCAUCCAGGCCCGCGGCGACCUGAACCCGGACCCGGCGCUGGCGCAGUGCCGUCUGCUCUACUCGAUAGCCACGUACUGGUGCGGCGACAGGGACACGGGUCGGCGCGAGAUCGACGCCGCCCUGGGUAUCGCCAUCGGCCUGGGAAUGCACCGCAGGGAAUUUGCCCUCGAGAACUCGGGGUCCCCUGGCGGAGAGGACCCGGUGCUGGCCGAGUCGCUGCGGAGGACUUGGUGGUCGAUAUAUAUGGUUGAUGCGUGGUACGCCGCCAUCAGGAAGACUCCGACCUUUGCGACCCGCGACGUCCACGUCACCGCAGACCUUCCGUGCGAGGAGCGAGACUAUGAAUCAGGGACGAUCCCGACGCCCAAGACACUCGACGAGUUCGACAGCCGCGAGUUCUCGCCAGACAAUCACGUCUACUCCUCCUUUGCCUACCUCAUAGGCGCCACGCGGGGGAUAACAUCCGCCAUAGCUUCCGUGGCCACCGACGCCGAGCGCCCCUUCUCGACGCCCGAGAUAGUCCAGACUGUGGAUGCCAUCGUCGAGGGCUGGGAGAUGCUGCUGCCGGACUGCAAGCGCGAGGUGCUCACAGCGGCUGGGGAGCUCGACGAGCUCAUGUUCCAGGCUUUAAUGGCGGUCCAUACUUCGACCAUCGGCCUCCACAGACCCUACUCCUCCCUCCACUUCAAUGCCCUCGAGGCGCAGUCCAUAUGCGCUCACCCCAUGAUGACAACGACCACCGGCAGCACAGCAUCAGCAGCAGCAGCAGCAACCUCCAAAAACAUCCACACGACGCGGUGUCUACGCUCCAUCCAUGCCCAGGUGCAGCUCCUCGCCCUCCCAGCCCGGCCCUUUUGCCACACGCCCUUUGUGAUCUGCAUGAUGACGACGGGCACCAUGACGCUGCUCGCGGCCUGCAAGUACCCGCCACCGACAUCACCACAAGAACCUUCCGCCUCCGCCGCCGCUGCCGCCAACCCCGCAGGCGACGGGCUCUCGCUGAGCAGGCACCAGGUCAGGCUCGGCAUGGGCUGCCUCAUGGCAAUGUCGCACGUCUGGCCCCAGGGCAGGAGGCACCUGGCCGAGGUCCAGGCCAUUGCGAGGGAGGUGCUGGGUAUUCGAAGCGGAGGUGGUGGUGGGGGAGGUGUUUGUCUUUCUACCGCUGCCUCGACCACCGCCGCCGGUUCUCUCAUCGCUACUCCCAGAGCAGUGGAGGAGGCAGUCGAGGUGGAACAGCAACAAUGCCGAGACUCCGACGACAUAUCCAACUUCUCAUUUGUACCCGAUGGCGCCUUUGACGGGCUGCUGGACUUGAAUGCCACCUUGUCGACUGACUCUUUCUGGUACUCGUCUUUCUUCUCGUCUGAGAGAGGGGUAGCAGGAUAGGUUGUUUGUGAAAAACUUUGUGUGAAGAAACAAAAAAAAAAAAAAAAAAAAAUCAAAAGAUAGAGGGCUAGGGC